AUCACCUUUUUAACUUUUCCUUUUAAUGGGGCCCAUGUAACAAUUUUUUAACUUUUCUUAUUCUUUCUCUCCUCUCUUUUCUGUUCUUCUUCCUCUCCAGAUCUGGGUUUGAUCAAAACCCAGAUCUGCUCUCCUUUCUCUUUCUUCUCUAGAAUCCUCCAGUCUUUGCUUUCGUCUUCCCCAGAUCUCACCUUUUUGUGCCCGGCAGCCCUUGGGCUUGCCGGAUUUUUGAUGCUUGAGCCGCCGGGAUCUCCGGUUGCUCAAGCAUGAUGGAGCCGAUUUCGUGCUCCAGUUCCGAUGACCCUUCUGGUGGUCUUUUUUUCUUGUUUUUUUUCUGUUUUAUUUGGUUGUUUUGCUUGUUUGUUAUCAGAUCCGGUGGCUACCAGCCAUUACACAGAUCUCCAAAGAUGGUCGUCGGAUUCCCAGAUCUGGUGGCCAUGGAGCCUCUCACGGGAGAUGGUCACCGCCUGAUGGGAUCUCCCCGCCCUGGUGUCCUUGUUUCAAGAAUCGCUGUGGUUUUGCUACGACGAAUUCUUCAUGAGCGGUGAAUUUGAAGAUCGACUCCGAGAUGAACCUUCCUUCUUCGACAGCUUCUACUUCUCGUCGAAAUAGAAGUUCGGCUGUGCGGUCGCAGUUGUAGCCAGCGCGGUAGCCAUGGAAUUGAUUCUCUGGGUAAAAAAUGGAAAACAGACUC